CAGGAAUGGAUGGAGGUGCUUUAACUGAUGCAAAUCUCACAGAUUCCUAUUUCAGCACCAGCUUUAUUGGAGUCAAUGGAUUUGCGAGCCCUGUUGAAACAAAGUAUCCCCUGAUGCAGAGAAUGACUAAUAGUAGCAGCUCCCCAAGCCUUCUAAAUGACAGUGCCAAGCCAUAUGCAGGCCAUGAUCCUCUCACUUCACCUGCUUCAUCCUUGUUUAAUGAUUUUGGUGCCCUCAACAUCUCUCAGAGAAGAAAGCCAAGGAAGUUUCGCCUGGGGAUGCUGGAGGAGAGGCUAGUUCCGAUGGGAUCAAAGGCGCGAAAAGCAAAGAACCCUAUUGGCUGCCUUGCUGACAGGUGUAAAUCAGGAGUGCCCAUCAAUAUGGUUUGGUGGAACAGAGUCGCAGAAAACAAUUUACAGACACCAAAUCCUACUGCAAGCGAGUUUAUUCCUAAAGGAGGAUCAACCUCCAGGCUGAGUAACGUGUCCCAGUCAAAUAUGUCUGCCUUCUCUCAAGUUUUCUCUCACCCAUCCAUGGGAAGCCCUGCUACUGCUGGAUUAGCACCAGGAAUGUCAUUGUCUGCUGGGUCUUCCCCUCUCCACUCCCCCAAGAUUACUCCACACACUUCUCCUGCUCCCAGAAGAAGAAGCCACACUCCCAAUCCAGCGAGCUACAUGGUGCCUUCUAGUGCCUCCACUCCUGUCAGUAAUCCUGUGUCUCAGACUCCAUCUUCUGGCCAGGUGAUUCAGAAGGAGACUGUUGGUGGGACGACGUACUUCUAUACAGACACGACUCCAGCACCUUUGACUGGAAUGGUAUUUCCAAACUAUCAUAUUUAUCCUCCAACUGCACCUCAUGUUGCUUACAUGCAACCAAAAGCAAACGCACCUUCCUUCUUCAUGGCUGAUGAACUCCGACAGGAGCUGAUCAACAGACAUUUAAUAACAAUGGCUCAAAUUGAUCAAGCAGAUAUGCCAGCAGUUCCUACGGAAGUUGACAGCUACCACAGCCUAUUCCCUCUAGAACCACUGCCACCUCCCAACCGGAUACAGAAAUCAAGUAAUUUUGGCUAUAUCACAUCUUGCUACAAAGCUGUGAAUAGCAAAGAUGACCUGCCAUAUUGCCUUCGGAGGAUACAUGGUUUUCGUCUUGUUAACACAAAGUGUAUGGUGUUGGUUGAUAUGUGGAAAAAAAUUCAGCACUCAAACAUCGUAACUUUGCGUGAAGUAUUUACCACUAAAGCGUUUGCCGAGCCUUCUCUUGUGUUUGCAUAUGAUUUCCAUGCUGGAGGAGAAACUAUGAUGAGCAGACACUUCAAUGACCCUAAUGCCGAUGCCUAUUUCACCAAGAGAAAGUGGGGUCAGCACGAUGGCCCAUUGCCCAGGCAGCAUGCUGGAUUAUUGCCAGAAUCUCUUAUUUGGGCAUAUAUUGUCCAGCUAAGUUCUGCAUUGCGCACCAUUCAUACAGCAGGUUUGGCAUGUCGAGUUAUGGACCCAACAAAGAUUCUGAUAACUGGCAAAACGAGGUUGCGAGUAAAUUGUGUUGGAGUUUUUGACGUUUUAACAUUUGAUAACAGUCAAAAUAAUAAUCCAUUGGCAUUAAUGGCCCAGUACCAGCAAGCAGAUCUGAUAUCAUUAGGAAAAGUUGUGUUGGCUUUGGCUUGCAACUCUUUGGCAGGAAUUCAGCGAGAGAAUUUACAGAAAGCCAUGGAACUGGUGACAAUCAACUAUUCCUCUGACCUGAAGAAUCUGAUUUUGUAUUUGUUGACUGACCAAAACAGGAUGCGGAGUGUAAAUGACAUCAUGCCUAUGAUUGGUGCUCGAUUUUAUACUCAAUUGGAUGCUGCUCAAAUGAGAAAUGAUGCCAUAGAGGAAGACCUGGCAAAGGAGGUUCAGAAUGGAAGACUGUUUAGGCUUCUAGCAAAAUUGGGAACAAUCAAUGAGAGGCCAGAGUUUCAGAAGGAUCCUACGUGGGCAGAGACUGGGGACCGUUACCUGCUGAAGCUCUUUAGGGAUCAUCUUUUCCAUCAGGUGACAGAAGCGGGUGCUCCUUGGAUCGACCUCAGUCAUAUCAUUUCUUGUCUUAACAAGCUAGAUGCUGGUGUGCCAGAAAAAAUCAGCCUGAUUUCCAGAGAUGAGAAGAGUGUCCUUGUGGUGACAUACAGUGACUUAAAGCGCUGCUUUGAAAAUACUUUCCAAGAACUGAUUGCAGCCGCAAGCGGUCAGUUGUAGUAUUUACUGAAAAGCAUGCAAGACAUGGCUGAGGAUCUCGACCAAUAGCAUAUUGCACUACAGCUGAAAUGUCUUAUCACCUCAUCCACCUCCAGGAAACCAACAGAUGAGCGAAGCUGCAUGCACUUCAGUCAGGUUCACUGUUACUUGAAAGGAAGAAUGUUUCGUCCCCCCAGAGCUGUGACCAUGGCUGGAGGCUGUGUCUGUGAAGAAUUCAUCUGAGAUUAAGGAGCACCAUCGGGUGAAUGUUGUUCCUGCUUUUGUUUUUUCCACUUGUAUAUGCACUAAUUUUAAUUUUUUAAAGACUUUUUUCUGAUCGUUGAACUUUUGCCACAUUACAUACUUACUAAGGGAAGCUGUUUGCAAGGACAUUUUGGGGAAAUGGUGCUGGGUGGCACUUCUGCCACUGUGGGUUGCAGAAUCUACUCUUUCUGGGGUGAGUUGCCCCGAGCAACAGAAUGGACCAGGUAAACAGUUCCACAGACGUGCAGGAUGGUGCACCAUUCUUGCAAGAGGAUUGGACGCCAGCUCUUGGGAUGCCACCCACUGUUAGUUCCGGUGGAGACUUUUGUUUUAUUUUGAAGAACACAAAAAGAGAAAUACCAGUGAAUUGUUGGAUAUGAAUUCCCCUAUUAGUUGAUUUAAAUUCUUUCUAGAAAAAAGAUCGGAUAACAGGAACUGAAGGAGUGUGUAUAGCUCUUCCUUCCAAAUUCAGCCAGAGCCUUUUUUAAAAAAAGGUAUUUGCCUGCUAGCCAGAUACAUUUACAUUUAUGCAAUUUUUUUAAUAGAAAGAAAUUAAGAAAUGGUGUUACAGGCCUGAAGUUGAGGGGUUUCACUUCCGGUUCUUCCCAGUUGCUUGCUUUUGUACAGAGUUCCGCUCUUGAGCCACAGCUUUAUUACGGUCCUUUACACUGGAUGCGCACAGACACUGUCCUCAGGACGCUGCCCUCAGCGGUGGUCUGGUGUCAAGAGCUUUCUGACGUUUGACAGCUGAGUCUGGAGGGAUCAUGAUCUGCUGUGCCUUUGCAGUCACUGCUUAGCCCAAAGUCAUAUAACUUCUGAUAAUAACUCCCUCCAUGGGAUGUUCCUGAGCAAGUCCAUCUCAGAAGUCUGGAAUUUUCCUCCUCUUAACUUUCUUAAUAUUUGGACAUGCAGUUGUCACCAAACUCUUGGGUAUUCAUGGAAUUUCUAGUUAAUGAAAUACCGUUACUUUGAUAUGGAAAGACUGCCAAAUACAUAGGAACUUUCUUUCUUAAACAGUAACGAAGACUCUUUCUCCCCUCCCAGCACUGAAUGUUUUACUAGCACUGGGUGCUCACAUGCAACUAUGAAGAAAAUGUGGAAACUCACAAGGUCAGGACAGACCCCAAGCACUUGCAACUGAUGUUACUGUCUUCAAUUUUAAUAAUUAUACGUAUUUGUAUGUUUCAGAGAAGUUUUUAAUAUUUCUCUGUCCACUUUUUAUAAGCUUUAAAACGAUUUUCUCUGCCUUGAGAUUUGCAUCAAGAAAAAGCACCUCUCUUCACCCAAAAACUUUGGAGACCAGAGACACGCUUCACACCUUUUAACAAGUGUUUAUGAGUCCACGUUCGGUAGCAUCAGUUGUUGAGUUUAAAAGAAAAUCAGUUAUUGCAUUUGAUCUGGAUAUAUUUUUAAAAGAACAUAAUGUUCAAUAUUCAAAGGAUAAUUAACAUUUGCCACCGUAAUGUUCUUUUUCAUGUAAAAGGAACGAGAACUUGGAGACGUGAACAUGCAGAAGUCUUUUAUCAUCAGCUCAUGUAUUUGAGGAAGAGCAGCUGUCUUUUUAUAUGUUUUUUGACAAAUCAUAUUGUAAUUCUUUUGUACAAAAAAAGAACUACUUGUAUUCUAGAAGAAAUAUGAAAUGCUUAAUUUAUAAGCGGGCUGGAGAUUUUUUCCAAUAUUGUUUUCUUUGAAAAUGAAAGGGGAUCAUCUAUUUAGUUUUGGGGUCUGGGAACUUUUUGAAGAUUUCAUUUGUGGACCAAUGUUUUGUGAAAUCUCAAGAGGGGCAGGGGUUAAAAUAGGGCUUGAGUUUCUCCUUCUGUGUAGACCAGCAAACUCCCUCGCGGGCAAGUUUACAUCACACACCCACGAAUGUUCGUGUCCUAAAUGCUAGCUUGCUUCAGCCCCUAGUUAACCUCAGGACUUGGUUUGCAUAUAAAAGGUAGACAGCUGGUGUUUUCAUGAGUGAAUAUUGUCAGCCAGAACACAGUUGGUGUCAGGUAACACAUAUUUUUUUAGCUUUGUUUUAUAUUUAUUUUUCAUUUAGUUUUUAUUGGGAAUGGUUUUCAGAAGAACUCUCAGUUCUGCUUAGGUGUUUUUUGGGGGAGCCCUCUUUUUCAUAGUGUAAUUCCAUUUAAGAGGUUGUCUGAAAGUCUUUUUAAUUCAUAGGAAGAUUUUAAUAUCAGCGAGUACUCAAAUUAAGGCUGUAAACUUCCCAUACCUUCCUGUUAUGACAGAUAAAAGCACAGAAAGGACAACCUUUGAAAUCAUGUCACACUGGUCAUUUCAGUUUUUUGUACCAUUUAACAAUCCUGUUAGUGUAUUUACUUCAUUGUAAAUAUUUUUGAGGGUACCUUUAUAUUUUGCUUUUGACCUUGGUUCUGUGAUUUGGAUGUCAACGACUUCCCUAAAAAGCACCAGUAUGUUAAGUUCUGAUGUCAUGAUCCCAAUACGCGUUAUUCAUCUUUAAUCCUGUUUCAGUCUCUAUGUGUACAGCAGUAUUUUUAAUAAAGAAUACAGAGACACAUUA